GGUCAGUGAUCAGUUUGUUUAUCAUACCACCGACAUGGCAUCCGAGGAGCAACUGGCCCUAUCCGGGCUCAUCAAAUCGGUUCACCAACGGCUACGGGACUCGGCCAAGGGUUCCCAUCCGGAUCAGGUUUGGCGAGAUCAUCUGCAGAACGAGGACCUACUGAAACAGUAUGCAAACGCCAUGCACAAACUGGCCAUCUGCUACUGGGACAAAACAAUGGAAGUUUCGUGCAAGAAGGACAACAGCCGGAUAGAGUGGGCGGUCAACUCCUGUCGGGAUUACUUUUUUCGACAUUGCUUGUUGAAUUUGUUUCGCGAGAAGGACGAUAAGGUGAUGAAAGCUUUGGACGAGACCCAUAGUCAUCCCCAUCAACCAUACCAAAUCGAUCGGAUAAGGCUUCUGGAUGUUGGGAGUUGCUACAAUCCAUUUAGUGUAUUCGCGGAUUUCGAGGUAACGGCGAUAGACAUCGCUCCCGCGCAAGAAUCGGUCAGGUAUUGUGAUUUCCUCGAGGUUCCACUUGGCAGUGAUUUUGCUGGCGAUUCAGAAUCGUCGAUUGAAAGCCUUUCGCGGACCUACUUCGACGCGGUGGUCUUUAGCUUGCUGCUAGAGUACAUGCCUUCGUCUGACCAGCGAUUGCAAUGUUGUCAGAAGGCGUAUGAUACACUGAAACCGGAAGGAAUCUUACUAAUAAUAACGCCAGACUCUCGGCAUCAAGGCGCAAAUGCCAAGUUAAUGAAAAACUGGCGUUACACACUUGGACUGAUGGGUUUCACCAGGAUUAAGAUCGAAAAAUUGGAACACGUAACUUGUAUGGUGUUUAGGAAGUCUCUUUUCAGAGAAGUUUCCGAACGGUGGUGUAAGAUUCACAAGGAAGGUUACAUGGAACCGGUGCUGAAUAUACCGCAGGACUUUAAAUGUGAUUCGUCUGCGAACGAUGACGUACAGAUGGAAGGUACUGAAAGGACGGUUGAUUAUAUGGUUGAAAUUAAGGAAAUGUUUGGUGGGUUACCAUUUGUGGACGAAGACAUGAGCUAAAUUAAGAAUAU